AUGGUUUUGCCCAAACCCGAAACACCAAUUCCAGCCAUCGCCUCAACACCAACUAUCGACACUGCCACUGCGCCGCCAACACCGCACCGAGUCCUCAGUAUCCCAGAACUGUUGGCCCACAUCUUUGCCUUCCUCUCCCCUUAUGCCGUCAUCCAAUACGCAAGUCUGGUCUGUCACGACUGGCUCGACGUCUCCCGUCGGCUCUGUCCCCUUCCACCCGUUGUCGCCACCUGGUCGGCCAACCUAGGGCGCGGGGAGCGUCUGGAGCUGUUGACAAAAAUCUUGCCGGAUGCAAAGGUGUUGCGUAUCGUCUCGUCGAAACCAUAUAUGACGCUGGUGAGGAAAAGUUUCCAUGGCAACGACGGUGUCUGGCAAGAGCUCUUCAAUCAAGUUCAGAAUGUUUCCGAGGGCAGCGGGUUGGCAAAGAUAUCUCGACUGGUGUUUGAAGGCUACCAGCCAACGGAAACACGUGUCCAGGCACGGAUGGAGUCGCUGUUCAAAUGUUCAGUUCCUUUUGCGAGCAGGCUUCAGGAGGUUAGGAUCGAGAACCUGUCAAAGUCCAGUCAGACCUCGUUCGAGCUGGAUUUCAUUCUGGAUGCCUGUCCAAUGCUGAGGGAGCUGUCACUUGCGGGACGGACUAAUGAAGCCGCUGUGCAGGUGGUGCUGUCAAAGGACCAUACGCUUUGGACCCGGACUGCUUCUGACCGACCGCUGGCUCUGCAGAGUUUGACGAUGAAGGACAUCCUGGUCUCACAGCUGCUCUUGGAUACCGUGACCGGCGCCAGUCCAGAUCUGGUCAAGCUGGAGCUCUUCUCGCUGUAUCUUGGAAGGCUCAAUGCAAAAACAGGAAAGGUCAAUGCUGAACCCUUACGUCGGAUCGCGUUCCUUCACCACAUUGGGCAGUCCUGUCCACGACUCGAGUUUGUCCAGGUCAGCUUUUGCGGGACUAAUUAUCUCGCGAACGAGAUGAACGUUUUCAGGAGCACGUUUGUGUCGGUGCCCAAUUGGUCUUUUAGCAGGGGCGACUUAUUCAACGAUAGCUUGAUGGACUUCUUGCUCCCUCGCGGGCCGGCUGAAAUCCAAGUGGCUGCCCUGAGCUGUUUACGGGGUCUCGAGAUUCACAAGGAGGGCAAUUCUGCAGGAAUCCACAAGGCCUUACACGCGUACCUGAUCUCCCCUCUGGCAGCAACGUUGGUGCACCUCAAGAUCAUGGGCGCUAACUAUCCACUCUCUUACUUUGAGUCGGGCUUCCUGGCACCCGAGAACGCAUGGACAUGCAAGGGCCUCCAAACACUCCAUUUACUCUCCCACCACGAAAGUGAUGUGCUAUCCCCUAACGGUGUCUCUCAAGGUCCCGCCAACCUAUGGCUCUCUCGCCACAUCUUUAUCGGACUCACGGGGGCGUUCUUGAAGAUGAAGGAUCUACGAAUCGACUGUCCGAAUAUCGACUUUUCUCUCGAGGGAGGGAUGUGCCUUUUGCGACGAAUGUCUGACCUCGAACGACUCCGUGUCAAGUCCAUGCGCGAGGGACAAUUCACAGAACGUGACCUAGCCUGGUUACACCCCGACCCGACACCCAUGCAACGCGCCCUGAAUGCCAAGAUCCUAGCAGGAAUCCAGGAUCAGAUCCGGAUAUAUCGCGGUGGAAGUGGCGGUCGGGUUAUCCCCGAAAGGAUGUCGCGCGGGUACAGGCGUCGAGAGAGGGACCAGUCGAUUGCAGGAACGCUGGAGCAGGUUGCAGAUCUGCUGGAAGAGAUCCAGACGAGGGGUGUGGCGGGGCGGUGUCUGCCGUACUUGGAGUCGUUCAUUAUCGAGCAGGGAGGCCAAUGGGCUGCGAAAGUGCACGGUCCACAGCAGGCACAGACCAGGGAGAUCGUGAGGCGUAUGCAGGGCUCGUUUUUCUUUCAUUUGACCAUGGAUGGCGCCCCUGCUAAGCUUGGCGUCGGACCUUGA